CCCUGCUGUGCUUCAGGACGAGGGCUCUGUGCUUGCUGCAGCAUGGUCCAAGCCUGCUUGGUGUGCUGCAGAGUUCAUAGGGGCAGCCUGGCAGCCCAGGCAGCUGCAGAGGACAUGGACAAGGCAGAGAAGCCCAGUCCCCCUGCCAAGAAGCACGUGCGGCUCCAGGAGAGGAGGGGCUCCAAUGUGUCACUGGUGCUGGAUAUGAGCUCUCUGGGGAACGUGGAGCCCAUCCAGCCUGUCUGCACGCCACGGGACAUCACACUGAAGUUUCUGAGGACAUCCAGCCACGUGCUGAGCAAACAGGAGCUCCAGCAGCACGCCCAGAGCCUGGCACAGCUCCAGGAGGAGUUCUUGAAAAUCCCACCCAACUUUGUGAGUCCAGAAGAGCUGGAAAUCCCUGGGCGUGCUUUCAAGGACAGAUACAAAACCAUUCUCCCCAAUCCUGAGAGCCGGGUCUGCCUCAGGAGGGCUGGGAGCCAGGAGGAAGACAGCUACAUAAAUGCCAACUACAUCACAGGCUACGCGGGCCGGCCCCGGGAGUACAUCGCCACACAGGGCCCCCUGCUGAACACCGUGAGCGACUUCUGGCAGAUGGUGUGGCAGGAGGAGGCGCCCCUCAUCGUCAUGAUCACCGAGCUGCAGGAGCGCAAGGAGAAAUGUGUCCACUACUGGCCCGAGAAGGAGGGCACCUAUGGCCCCUUCACCAUCCACGUGCAGGGGGUGAGCGAGUCUGUGGAGUACGUGGUGCGGGACCUCUCCAUCCAGCUUGGGAAGGAAUGCCGCAAGGUGAAGCACAUCCUCUUCCCUUCCUGGCCAGACCAGCAGACACCUGAGUCAGCCAAGCCCCUGCUGCACCUGGUGGCCAAGGUGGAGGAGGCUCUGCAGACUGCAGCCAGCCCAGGGCCCAUCGUGGUGCACUGCAGCGCGGGCAUCGGCCGCACCGGCUGCUUCAUCGCCACCAGGAUCGGGUGCCAGCAGCUGCAGGACACGGGGGAGGUGGAUAUCCUGGGCAUCGUGUGCCAUCUGCGCAUAGACAGGGGUGGGAUGAUCCAGACGAGCGAGCAGUACCAGUUCCUCCAUCACACGCUGGCUCUCUACGCCUCCCAGCUGCCAGAGGGGGCAGCCCGCUAGUGCAGGGCUCCCGCCGGGCCCGGGGCUCCCUGCUCG